AUGUCCAAGUUCUACGCGGUUGCUCAUGGGUUCGAACGUGGAAUAUAUGAGAAUUGGGACGACGCCAAAAAGCAAAUAGACGACUUUCCUCAAGCCGUUUAUAAGAAGUUCUCUACACGUGAAGAGGCGGAAGAGUACUUCAAUGCCCGUCAGCCGAAAAAAGUCGAGUUGGCAUUUCCGGAACCAAAUCUGGAGAAGUAUUAUGCAGUAGCCCGUGGAUAUUCAGUGGGAGUCUUCACCAACUACGAGGAUGUCAAGAAAUAUAUAGAAGAUUAUCCUCAACCCCUCUACAAAAAAUUCGACAAUUUAGACGACGCUGUCGCAUACUUCAACAAAUUUUUCCAUGGAAAUGAGAAGAAGGAUCCUGAGCAAGAAAAGCAGGAGAAAGCACCACAGAACGAGGAGAGCUCUAAUAAAAAAAUUCCGAAAGAAGACAAAACUGUCACAUAUUACGCGGUGGCCAGAGGACACACAACAGGAGUGUUCCUAUCAUGGGAAGAGUGCAAAAAACAAACGGCUGGUUUCAAGGGCGCUAAAUUCAAGAAGUUCGAUAAUGAGGAAGAGGCGAAAAUGUUUGCAGAAGGGAAAACAUUGAAACAGAUUGAAGAAGCAGUGGCUGGUCGUAAACGACCAGCAGAAACUUCGAGCAGCAGUGAUAAUGCUGCACCUGAGAAGAAGCUAAAGAAUUCAUUUGUGAAACUUGAUAAAGUUGAGAUACCCAUCAAACUAUAUGAAAAGCUGUUGAAUUCUAUGGCCAAAAGCGGCUUCUAUGCUGUUGCUAAGGGCAGGAAAGUCGGCAUUUACACAACGUGGGAUCAGUGCCGUGUUCAAGUUGACGGAUAUCCUCAGGCAAGAUUUAAGAAAUUCGGUACUGAAAACGAAGCUCGAGAGUUCAUCGCCAGCUUUCAGUUAGCGCGAACAGCUGCAGUCAGCUCGAAGUCUUCUCGAGGGAAUAGUCUAGUGCAGAGCAAUAUCAUCUCUCGAAAGCGAAAAUCCACCGAAAGUACUGAUUUGGCUGUCCCCAAAAGAUUGAAAGAUUGCGAUGAAGCAAUUUGGGAAGAUGCUCCUGUUGUAUAUACCGAUGGUGCUUGUAGUGGAAAUGGACAAAAUUCCGCAAAGGCUGGAUACGGUGUAUAUUGGGGAGCAGACCACGUCGACAACAAAUGGGGCCCAGUUCAUGGUGUUGCGACCAAUAACAGAGGAGAGUUGCUCGCCGUUGACGUGGCUCUGAAGCAAGCGAUCUCAAAAAAGAUGGAAUGUUUAAUUGUUCGCACAGAUUCUCAACUGCUAAUGAAAUCAAUGGAUUGUUACAUAGAAAACUGGAAACGGAAUUCAUGGAAAACCUCAACGGGAGAAGCUGUGAAGAACCAGGACCUCCUUCGUUCCAUUGAUGAAAGCAUUCGCAAAAUCCACGUCAAGUUUGAGUACGUGCCCGGUCAUAGCGGUGUCGAUGGGAAUGAAGCUGCUGAUGAAUUGGCAAGGCGUGGGGCAGAAAUGUAUCGAGAUUAA